AUGGCGUCUCUUCUGAAUGAGAGCUGGGUGCAAAUUUCAGCUCUACGUUGUGUGAACCGACUAUGUCGUCUCGAACCCAAGUUUUGCGGAGACUUUGCAGACUUGGUGUUGCACAUUUCGGAUUCCUUUCAGAUGAAUCCGCUGACUUCUUUUAACGCGGGCCGACAGAUUGACUCGCAAGCUGCCAUGACCCGAGCUGUGUUUGACUCGUCACCGAAAACUAGUGUUUUGUACGCAGAAAUCAUUUUCCUUUUUGCGGCUCUAGUAGCACGCAGUCCAUACGCAAUUACAGUCAAGCUGAUGCAGCGUUUGAACUCGCACGCAAAUCAAUGGUACUUCUACUUUCAUGUUAUAUUUGCGAUAAGUAUCUGAAUCAUAACCUCUGACAAUUGUUGCAUGCGUCCUACAAAAAUUCAAAAGUUUAUCUGCUUCAGUAGAUCGACUUUUAAACCUCAUUUUCUCUGUCACCAAACCAGGUUCAAUCUCGGAUACCUGUUCGAGCUCCUACCACAACAUUUAGAGCAUUAUCUGGCAGCGCAAGCCUCUGCCGG